AUGGCGCAACUCAAUGAAGCUUCAUCUCUUUACUCGCUAGACACUGAAUACAGUGCAGAUUCGGUAGAAUUCUGUCCUUUUGAGAACUAUUCUCAAUUCUUAGCAUGUGGCACCUAUCAAUUGGCUGAUUCAAAAAUUAAACACUCCGAGUAUGACCAUGAAGACAAUGAAAAUAAUAAUAAUAAAGUAUCAUCUCAACCUAAAAGGAGAUUAGGAAGAUUAUUAUUGUAUCAGAUUAUGAAUAAUGAAUCUCUUGCUGUGAUGAAAGAAACCCAACGAAUAGAGACUUCUGCAAUAUUGGAUAUGAAAUGGUCACAUCAAUAUAUUCAUGAUCAAAUGAUUCUUGCAUUAGCAGAUGCAUCAGGAAAAGUUGGUUUAUAUAGGUUAAAUCAAGAUAAAUCACAACUAGAGGCACAACUAGAUCUUGUUAUUUUGUAUGCUAUAAAUGAUGAUAACAAGUUAUGCCUUUCUCUUGAUUGGUCUAAUCGUUUAGAAUUAAGCAAUAAUAGGUCGAUUGUAUUAUCUCAAAGUGAUGGAACUAUAGCAGUUUUAUCUGUUGAUGGGCAAUUUGGAAUUCUUGAAAAGAAUCGAUGGAUGGCUCAUGAUUUUGAAGCAUGGAUAGCUGCAUUUAAUUAUUAUAACACAAAUAUAAUAUACUCUGGUGGUGACGAUUGUUGUUUUAAAGGAUGGGAUUUGCGAAUGGAUUUAUCAUCUUCACUAUUUACAAACAAAAGGCUUGUAGUUAUUAUCAACAUCCAAUCUAAUCCACAUUCUGAGCACUAUUUAGUUACAGGAAGUUAUGAUGAGCAUAUACUACUUUGGGAUACAAGAAUAAUGAGACAGCCAAUAUCAGAUUGUCAUGUAAAUGGAGGUGUUUGGAGAUUAAAGUGGCAUCCAAAAAAGAAUAAUCUUUUACUUAGUGCAUGUAUGCACAAUGGAUUUCAUGUAAUAAAUGUUAAUUGUACAUCUGAUAUAAAUAAUAAUGAUUCAUAUUCUAUGCACAAUAUAACAAGUUUCAUGGAACAUAAAUCUUUAGCAUAUGGUGUUGACUGGUCAUAUUCUCAAAAUUUAGCAGCCAGUUGUUCUUUUUAUGACCAUAUGAUUCAUCUUUGGUAA